AUGAUAAAAUCGGCAGAUAAAAAGGAAACAACAGCCAACAUGUCAGCAGUGCCCUCAUUCGAAGAUACUGCAGACUUCGAGGCAGCGGAACGCGGGUUCAUCGCUGCCUUAGAGCCAGGCAUUAUCACAGAUGCCAAAGGCAAAGUGGUAUGGAACAUCGAUGCCUUCGAUUUCAUGAAAGAAGAAUGUCCAUCUACCGCACACCCCCAUCUCUGGCGCCAAGGCCAACUGAACUCCAAGCACGGUCUCUUCGAGAUCUGCCCCGGAAUCUACCAUGUUCGAGCCUACGAUUUAUCAAACAUGACCAUCGUUGAAGGCAAAGAAGGCAUCAUCAUCAUCGAUCCGCUAGUUUCCUGCGAAUGCGCAGCUGCAGGUCUGGCCCUGUACCAAAAGCACCGCGGCAACGGAAGGAAAGUCACCGGCAUGAUCUACUCACACUCACAUGGCGACCACUACAUGGGCGCCGGUGGUGUAAUUGAGCAAGACACCGAAAUCCCCAUCAUCGCACCAGAGGGCUUUCUCGAGGCAAUCAUAAGCGAAAGCAUCAUCGCCGGACCGGCCAUGCGCAAACGUGGCGCAUUCAUGUAUGGCAACGCGCUACCCCGCGGUCCCACCGGUCAAAUCGGUACGGGACUUGGUAUGGGGUCAAGCGUUGGUACCACCAGCCUUAUACUCCCUAACCUUCUCAUUCAGACUACGGGUGAAACACACACGAUCGACGGCGUGGAAAUCAUCUUCCAGAUGAUUCCUGGCACCGAGGCACCUGCUGAGAUCAAUUUCUAUUUCCCGGGUUUCCGGGCCUUCUGUAUUCCUGAGACAGCGACAAAUUGUAUGCACAAUAUUGUCACUCUUCGGGGAGCUCAGGUGCGGGAUGCCAAGGCUUGGUCUGGGUAUCUGGAUGAGGCGAUUGUUAUGUUUGCUCGUGAAUCUGAUGUUCUCUUCGGUAGCCACAACUGGCCGACGUGGGGGCGUGAUGCUCUUAUUCAACGGCUUGCGGAGCAGAGAGAUCUUUAUGGUUAUUUGCAUGACCAGACUGUGCGCAUGAUGAAUCUUGGUAUGGCUGGUAUUGAGAUCGCAGAGAAGAUGCAGCUUCCACCAGCGAUCUCGAGGGCAUGGCACUGUCGGGGUUUCUACGGGUCUUUAAGUCACAACGUAAAGGGAAUCUACCAAAAAUAUAUGACCUGGUUCGACGGUCGUCCCGAGCAUCUGUGGCAAUACCCACCAACCAAGGAAGGACAGCGCUAUGUUGAAUGUUUCGGUGGUGUUGAUGGCCUUUGCGACAAGGCAGAGACAUUCAUCAACAAGGGCGACAAUCGCUUCGCUGCAACUCUGCUCGCACAUGCCAUUUCCGCAGAUCCUGACACUGCGGGCCCUCGAGCAAAGCUUCUUUUAGCUUCCGUGUACGAGUCUUUGGGCUUUGGUGCCGAGAAUGCAACAUGGCGCAACUUCUAUUUGACAAGUGCACAACACUUGCGAUCUGAGAAGAAGGCGGGCAUGGUCGCUGGAGGUGGAACACCACUAGGCGAGAAAUUAGGUAUUGAUCAGUGGUUCGAGAUUCUGGCCGUACAGUUGAACGGGGAACGCGCAGCAGAACGAUUCUUUGCAAUUGAUCUUGAUGUCACCGAUGUGAAGCAAAAAUGGCGAUUGCUUGUCAGCAACGGGGUGUUGACAACGCGACGGCUUAACACCGCAAGCUCGUGCCAGGACGCAGAAGAGAACCCGGCAGACUUUGGCAUCGUGCUCACGAAGAAGCAACUCCUGGAGGUUCUGCGAGGCAACACGAUCGAAGCUGAAAAGCAGUUCGGUAAGGUACAAGUAUUACAGGAAUUGCUUGAUUUGAUCCUCGUAAAAGACGGGUCAUCCCGAGGUCCCAGUCAACUGUGA